AAGUGUGAGUCAUGGGCCAACUCUAUCCGCUCCCCAGCUGCAUCCGAGGAGCAAAACCGAAGGGACUGAGGGGACUGAGGGGCGCUGGUUGGGAGCCCACCUUGUGUGUGGCAUCCUUUGGCAGAGAAUCAGCCCUGCCAAGAGAUCUUACAAAACCAACGGAUCUGAGGACAGUCUCCAGCCACCCCGCUCCCGCCAGGACACGACAGACACCAGGCACACGUCCACCACAAUGGCAUCCCAGCCAGGAGCAGGGACAGGGAGACGGCCGAGUGGACCCUGUGGGAAUCAGGACAAAGACAUGAGGGAUUUGUUCAACACAUUCAUUAAGAAAGAAGAUGGUGUUCCCAAUCCUCUGGACCUCCCCAUGCCGUUCAUCUUCACCCUGCGUGACGCCAAGCAGAAGGUCAUUCGCUUGCAGAGCAACAAUCUUGUGGCCGAGGCCUCCAACUCAGACCCUGAGAAACUCAGUGUGGUGCCUAACCGGUUCGUACAGGGCAAACAGUACCCCAUCAUCCUGGGCGUCCAGGGAGGAAGUAGCUGCCUGUCAUGCGGAACGUUGUCCCAACCCAAGCUGCAGCUGGAGGAUAAGAAAAUAAUGGAAUUGUUUGAAGACAAGGAGCAAGCCGCUCGCUUCACUUUCCACAACAUUCCCGAAGGCAGCACCCACCGCUUCGAGUCAGCCACCUACCCGGGCUGGUUUCUCUGCACCUCCCAGAAGAGCAGCGAGCCCAUCCGCAUCACCAACCACCCAGGCGAGACAGAGAUCACUGAGUUCUAUUUCAAAAGGAUUCUGACCCAAUAGCUGCCUGCGAUGGGAAGAAGGCUGCAGAGGUUCCCCUGCACACCCCAGACAAUAUUGCCUUUUUCUUUUUAGUGCUGGAAAUUAAAGUAUUGUCUACUCUCCUUUUCCUGGGAGACUCUCUGGUGACUCUGGAACUCAUGGCAUUAUGACAUCACCCACACCAAGGAAGCAAAUCCUGAGCAGCUGAGAGGGGAUGGGAUAUUUAGCCAGGCUGGCUUUUAUUAUCUUGUUUUUUAUUAACUUCCAGUUAACAAAAAUACUCAACACACAGUUGGGAGCAAAGCUUUUGCUGUUAAAGAUCCUGCAAAAGGUCACAGCCAGCAAACUCAGAGCAGAGCAGAGCAGGGCAGGAUGAGCCCCCACUCUCGGAAUCUCUGUUCCAGCAUCACUGGGUACCCACUAGCCAUCCCAAAAGGAGCUCCAGCCCCUGCAUUGGGGCCAACCGUCAAGGGUCCCAUGACCCAGUCACAUGGUUUCACAUAGGAUUGGGCAUUGCACUAACAAAUAUGGUCCCACGUAGCAUGUGGCCCCAUGGAAAUGCUGCAGAACCAUUAACGGAGCACGCAACAUGUUCAGACACUGACCCUCUUAGAUCUGUGGGUAGAAAGUUGGCUAGAUUGUCGGGCUCAACGGGUAGUGAUCAAUGGCUCCAUGUCUAGUUGGCAGCCGGUGUCAAGUGGAGUGCCCCAGGGGUCGGUCCUGGGGCCGGUUUUGUUCAAUAUCUUCAUAAAUGAUCUGGAGGAUGGUGUGGAUUGCACUCUCAGCAAAUUUGCGGAUGAUACUAAACUGGGAGGAGUGGUAGAUACACUGGAGGGCAGGGAUAGGAUACAGAGGGACCUAGACAAAUUGGAGGAUUGGGCCAAAAGAAAUCUGAUGAGGUUCAAUAAGGAUAAGUGCAGGGUCCUGCACUUAGGACGGAAGAACCCAAUGCACAGCUACAGACUAGGGACCGAAUGGCUAGGCAGCAGUUCUGCGGAAAAGGACCUAGGGGUGACAGUGGACGAGAAGCUGGAUAUGAGUCAGCAGUGUGCCCUUGUUGCCAAGAAGGCCAA